AUGAUUUUGCGCAGAUCGGUCGCCGAGUUACUUGGGUCCAACUAUGCCGACCACGUACAUCGGUACACCGACGGCUCCCGAUCGAUAAACAGAGAAGGUAUCGGGAUUUUUGGAGACGGUAUCGCUGAAAGCAGCAGUCUUCCUCCACAAUGCUCGGUUUUCUCGGCCGAGGCUGUAGCAAUCUUCCGUGCCGCUACGACGCCAGCCAACAAACCGAUACUUAUAUUAACCGACUCACACAGCGUCGUUCAAGCGAUCACCUCGGAAGCACCAAAACACCCAUGGAUCCAGGCGAUUAUCAAGUACGCCCCACCGAACACCGUGUACACAUGGAUUCCCGGACACUGCGGAGUGCCAGGUAACGAGUCUGCUGAUCACCUUGCCGGAGCCGGGACAUCGGCUCCCAGACUCACCAACAAGGUACCCCUACAGGACGUCAGACGGUGA